GUGGGCGUGUCUGUCAGUUGUAUCAUGAAGCAUUGAAACACAGAGAUGCUUCAGAAGGUUUUAAGAGAGAUAAAGAAGAACUGAAUCUACAAAUAACAAAGAAGAUGAUUGAAUACACGAGAAGAAUGAAGAUCAUCUUGACUUUCACACUGCUGAUGAUUCCUGGUGCUCUGAGCUUCAGUGUGAUGGGAUAUUCAGGGGGCAAAGUCACCAUCACAUGCGAAUAUGAUCAAAACUAUAAAACAAACACAAAGUAUUUCUGUAAAGGUCAGAAGCCUCUUAUUAUGCAGCGUGGAUGGUGUUCUGAUCUCAUCAAGACUGAUAUUAAAGACCAAUGGUAUCAUGAUGGAAGAUUCUCUCUGUAUGAUGACACAACAGCAUCAGUCUUCACUGUCAUCAUCACUGAUCUGAAUAUAAACGAUUCAGACACAUACAUGUGUGGAGUUGAUAUAUCCUGGAAAACAGAUGAUUACACAGAAGUGAAGUUGACUGUUAAAGAAGAUCGAUGUUGUGAGAAGAUCAUCAGUCUGUCAGUUACUUCAGGUGAAUCUGUGAACAUCAGCUGUAAAUAUCCACAAUCUCACAGCAGUGAUGUGAAGUUUUUCUGCAGGAGAUCUGAAGCUGAUAAAUGUGCUCAUGAGACAUCUGUGAAAGAGAGCAAAAGAUGGAUACGAGACAGAGAGAUUCUCCUGUAUGAUGACAGAGAUCAGAAUCUUCUCUAUGUCACCAUCACUAAUGUGACUGAUCACGGAUCAGCUGAAUACUGGUGUGGAGUUCAGAGUCAGACUGAAGUGAAGUUCUUCAUUACACGAGUCCAGCUCACUGUUAAUGGAGCAAGUAAAUACAAAACAUCAACACCACCAUCACUAACAUCACUAUCAUCCUUAUCCUCCUCAUCAUCAUCAUUCUCACCUUCUGCCUACAUAUCAUCUGCACUGGUAACACCAUUACUGACACGUACAUCUCAUGUGAUACCAUCAGACGCUUUGUUCAUCAGUUUGUCUGUGGUUCUGGUUCUGAUCAUUGGACUUCUGCUGCUGAUGCUGAUUCUGUGUAAGAGACAUAAGAGAUCAGUUUCAGAUUCUGCAAUCAAAGGAUCAACAGACCAAGACAGCAGACCAGAAAACUAUAACCAGGUUUCUCGACCAUCUUGUGAUUACACAGAGAUCAAAGACAUCAUAGGAGAUGAUAUCUACAGUACUGCAGAAUUACCCACAAGCAUAUAUGAUGCUCCUAACAGUAUUUAUUCUGCAGCACAAUUACCCACAAUCCCCUCUGGUGCUUCUAACACUGUUUAUGCUGAAGUUAAAAAAAACACACGUGACAAUUAACACUGCUUCACAUUAGAGGAUCUGAAAUUAUGCUGUGGUGAUCUUUAGUAACAAACCUGAUGGUUCUGAUCCUAACAGACUGAAAUAUAAUUAGGAUUAUUCUAAAUAUUCUGAGAAACCACAUAUGAUAACAGUUGUUGUGUAAAUAAACAGUGAGUGGUGUGUCAGUAAGAAUGUGUAUAAAAGUAACUGGAUUUGAAAAAAAUAAAAUAAAGACAAAACAUAAUGCUGUUGUAUUAUUGUAACAGUAUAUUAUUAUGUACAGUACAGUAUCCUCCUGUUUACAGUAUAAGUAUUUAAGUGUUAUUAUUGUAACAUAUUGCAAGUUGUUUAUUUUUCAUUGGCUUUAGUUAUAAAAUAUAGG